AUGUCAAUUUAUUUAAAACAAAAACGGUCGACGCAACAACAAUCAGACGAUUAUAGAUCCGCUAGAGAUUCAAACGAAUACGAUUCUGAUAAUAAUAAUAAUAAUAAUUUAAAUAUGAUGUCAUCAAAUUUUCGAGGACCUUAUUUCGAUACAUCCGUAUCGAAAAAUGUGACGGCGUUAGUUGGUAAAACGGCUUAUUUAAAUUGCAGAGUACGAAAUUUGGGUAAUAAAACGAAUUUUCCGAAAGCGAAAUUUUUUUGUUUGUUUCAAAACAGUUUUCUAGGAAAAAAAAGAAAAUGGCGAAAUAUUUCAGUUGGAAUAUUUUUUUUGUUUUUCUUUUUCACGGCGCGAAAAAUAUUUUAUGAUGAUUGA